AUGGUUGGCGCAUGCUACCUCGACACGAUCCUAACAGUCGACCACUACCCGGAUGAGGAUGAGAAGCUUCGAGCUUCGAGCGUGCGCCGGCGUCGUGGGGGCAACUGUCCCAACUCCGUCGAGGUCUUCCAGCAGCUACUGGAUUCAUCGCCGGAGCACAACGAAAUAUCUCUGAAUCUUGCGGCCGUGCUACCGGCACGAUCAUCUGUUGGCAGCCAGCAGAUCAAGGCCUCGUUCGGUCCGCGUGUCAACCUGCAGCACUGCAUCUACCGGGAAGCCUUCAACGAACCUGCGUCCAGCUAUAUCAUCAAAAGCCAGUCCACUGGCAGUCGAACCAUUGUCAACUACAACGAGCUGCCGGAGAUGACAGUCGCAGAGUUUGUGCAGAUUGCAGACCAGCUGGUGCGCACUACGGAUGACUGGUUUCAUUUCGAGGCAAGUUCACUUCUCGUUUUAUUCAUCCCUCACUCUACCGCUGUUUAUUUGCUGACAGAUCCCUUGCAGGGACGAAUACCAGAUGUAACUUUGCAAUGCAUGCAGUAUCUCCGCCAGCGCCAUCCCGCAGUCCGGAUCAGUGUGGAAGUCGAGAAGCCUGGUCGCGCCGGGCUGCAAGAGCUUGCCGCAGGGGCAGAUGUAGUGUUCUACGCCAAAGGCUGGGCUCAGGCCAACGGCUAUCGAUCACCAGAGGAAUUCCUUCGAGCGCAAGCGCAAUUGACGCCAAAAGCACGGUAUCUAUGUUGUACCUGGGGCGAAGAGGGCGCUGCGAUUAUGGAUCUUGCCGAUAGAAACACACCUACCUACGAGUCUACUCCCGCGUACACAGUAGCACACGGCCAGGUCGUUGAGUACGUAGAGCCCAUUUCGUCCCUGAAAGACUGCGUUCUCACCCUGAAAUAUAGUACCAUAGGUGCUGGCGAUACCUUCAUAGCAGGCAUGCUCUACAGUCUGCUCUGCCACCCUGAUGACUGGGAUUUGUCGCGUAAACUGCGCUUUGCCAACGAGCUGGCUGGGCGCAAAGUUUUCCAGGAAGGUUUUACGGGGUUAGGGGAUGCAAUGAGGCACCAUUUCGAAUCCUAA